UGGUUGUGUGCUCUCCGCGACAAUUCCCAUUUCUCCACUUCUUCCUUCACUGAAACCCAAAGACCUCCAAAAAGUGCCUGAAAAAUUUUUCCUUUUACUUUCUCUCUCCUUCCACUCUCUCGCCCACUUCUUCUUCUUCACUCUCGAGUUGAUCCCAAUUCCAAAUUUCCAAUUCCCAUGUGGGAUUCUUCAAUCAUUCCUCGUUACCUUCUCUUUUCCCCCUUUUGAUUUUCCACACCUAAGCUUUUUCUCUGAUUCCAUUCAUCGCUUCUUCUUCUUCUUCCUCUUCUUAACUAUUCUUAUCAAUGCCGAUUGAAGAUGAUGUUGAGAGCUGCGGUAGCAGAGCCACCGACUUCUCCUCUUCCCAUGUCAACCCGAGGCAUCAUCGCCAGAAGCUUGAAGUUUACAACGAAGUUCUCCGACGAAUCCAGCAAUCCAAUUUCCAUGAAGCUAAUCUACCUGGGUUUGAUGAUCAGCUUUGGCUUCAUUUCAAUCGCCUCCCUGCUCGAUACGCAUUGGAUGUGAAUGUCGACAGGGCAGAAGAUGUCCUUACCCAUAAGAGAUUACUUCAAUUGGCUGUGGAUCCGUCUAACCGACCUGUAUUUGAAAUUCGUUCUGUGCAGGUUUAUCCUUCUGCUAAUGAAAAUUUUAUCAAUUCUUCUUGUUUGGAUGCUUCAAUGAUGGAAGAUGCUCAGAGUUCUUUGAACUAUUCUAACAGACAGGGGAACCAUCCACCUCCAACCUUUGGCUCUUCACCUAAUCUUGAAGCCCUUACACUUCAGGGCAGCAAGUACGGUGUUGAAGAUAGGGACACUGCCCCAAAUGCGACACCCAGCUUUUCUCGGCCAAUGCAUGAGAUCACAUUUGCAACAAGUGACAAGCCUAAACUCCUUAGUCAGUUGACUUCCUUACUUGCUGAUGUUGGACUUAACAUACAAGAAGCUCAUGCUUUCUCCUCUGUUGAUGGUUUCUCUCUGGAUGUUUUUGUUAUCGAUGGUUGGCCUUAUGAGGAAACUGAGGAGCUGAAAAGGGUAUUAGAAAAAGAAAUUUUAAAUUUUAAGGAGCAGUGUUGGUCCGAAAAGCAGCCCAGUCCUGCUUUGGGUAAGGAUAACCAGAAUAGAGUUGAAUCUUUUCCUAGUUGUGUUGGAAUACCUACUGAUGGUACUGAUGUCUGGGAAAUAGACAUCAGACAACUAAAAUUUGAGAAUAAAGUUGGAUCUGGGUCAUUUGGGGACCUGUAUCGGGGCACAUAUUGUAGUCAGGAAGUAGCUAUUAAAGUACUGAGGCCUGAGCGUAUUAAUGAAGAGAUGCUCAAAGAAUUCUCUCAAGAAGUUUAUAUAAUGAGGAAAGUUCGGCACAAAAAUGUUGUUCAAUUCAUUGGUGCUUGUACUAAACCUCCAAACCUCUGUAUUGUAACAGAGUUUAUGUCGAGAGGAAGUGUAUAUGACUUCCUUCAUAAGCAAAGAGGUGUAUUUAACCUUCCAUCUUUACUUAAAGUGGCCAUCGAUAUUUCAAGAGGGAUGAACUAUUUGCAUCAAAAUAAUAUAAUCCAUCGAGACCUCAAGACUGCAAAUCUUCUGAUGGAUGACAACAUGGUUGUCAAGGUUGCUGAUUUUGGAGUUGCCAGAGUUCAAACUCAAUCUGGAGUGAUGACUGCUGAAACUGGAACAUACCGGUGGAUGGCUCCUGAAGUUAUUGAACAUAAACCAUAUGAUCAUAAGGCUGACGUUUUCAGUUUUGGAGUAGCCUUAUGGGAGCUUUUAACAGGAGAAAUUCCCUACUCAUCCAUGACCCCACUACAAGCGGCAGUUGGCGUGGUCCAGAAGAGACUGCGGCCUACGAUACCAAAGAAUGUCCAUCCUGUUCUUGCUGAACUGCUUGAAAGAUGCUGGAGGCACGAUCCAACCGAACGGCCAAACUUCUCUGAAAUUUUGGAGAUCCUCAAGCAGAUAUCUGAGCAGGUCGACAACAACGGGGAAAAUCGACGCAAGAAGGAUAAGUUAUCCGGUGCAUUAUUCUCGGCCUUCAAGAAGAGGAUCCACUGAAUGCACAGGAGGAGCUUAGCCAGAGUUGCAAUGGUGCUGGUAAUCAAUAAAACCCUCCCACAAAAAGAAGGAAAAUGUCUGGACCUUCUUUUUCGUCACUUCUUUUGUGUUCAUCUUUCCUUCUUUUACCUAACAGCUAUAUUGGAAGAACCCUUCAAUGUUCUUGGCCUAACCCUUAGCAUGCUGUAUAAUAUGUUACUUAAAACUGAUACAACUGAAUGUAGAAUUCAUCUUCUUUCUUCGA